UCUCAGUAUGGCGACCGUCAGUGCCGAUCCAGCUUGUUGUCUGACCGACUCCAGGUCGAAAAUCAGUCCUAUCAGCAACAGACCCGCUGCGCUUCUCACCGAUUCCGAUAUCGUCAAGAUCGUCGAACGUAAACUUCGUUCGAAUAACUUUCGCAUUUUGCACUGGAGUUUGGAUAACCUAGGGGAGGUGAAUGGAUACUUAGGAUCGUAUUACACGUUAUCGGUGACGGUGAAAUUCAACAACAAAUCAAAGGAACUGAAGUUUUUCGCGAAAACACCGCCGCCGAGCACCAGCCCCCAGUACGAGUUCCUCGUACGUUACAACACGUUCAACAAAGAGAUGAUAGUCUACAGCGAAUUAGUGCCUACGAUGGGCAUAGGAAACAGCCUGAAAUGGAUACCAGAUUACUAUCUAGGGAAAAAUAAUGCUAUAAUGGUCCUGGAGGACGCGAAGCAGUCGGGUUACGUUACGCCCGACAAGUUCGUGCCGUACGACGAGGAUCAUUGCAUCUGGGUGACGAAGGCUCUCUGUAUAUUGCACUCGAGAUCCUUGAUCCUGGACGAGAAGCUUCGACGUAGCACCGGCCAAACAGUCAUGGAUCUUUACGGACACCUGCUGGAGGAGAUGGCUUUCGUCCAGGACGACGUGUCGGCUCGGAAAUAUCUCGCAUCGUGUACCAUCGGCGCGCACACGAUGGUCGAUCUUAUCGAGGGUCUGAGCGACGUCGAGAGGACGACAGUGAAGAAUCGGAUCUCCAGGUGGGUCGACAAGAUUCCCCAGUUGCUGAAGACGACGAGUAAAUACAGGAACGUUAUGUGCCAUCGGGAUGUAUGGGCGAACAAUAUGAUGUUCAAGAGAGAUUCAACGGGUAAGCCGAUCGGUUGUUACCUAGUAGACUAUCAGUUCCUGAGAUACAGUCCACCGGCAAUCGACUUCGUCUUUUGUCUUUACCUGACGACCGAUCGCGACACCAGGCGUCGUUGCUUCGACUCGCUGGUCGAGAUUUAUUGCGAUACGAUGCGACGAGAACUGGCCGACGAGGGCCUCAACGUCGACGACUGUUUACCCCGCGCCGAUUUCAUCGAAUCUUGCGACAUGGCCAAGCAGAUAGCGUUGAUUUUCUCCGUCACGAACAUGCAAAUCAUGCUGCUAACGAAACAGGCGUCCGAGAAGUAUUUCGUUAAGAACACCGACCAGCUGGAGUACGUUUUGUACGGUGACCAACGAUCGGAGCUGGUCCUUAGCCAGUGCAAAGCCGUAAAGGCUUAUCAGACACGUAUCAUCGAGAUAAUAGAGGAAAUCAAAGACCACUUGCCCGACAACCCGCCGAAUUGUUAGCUCGCGAGAAGGAACAGGGAUGCAGAAUGGUCUCGUGAGUGUCCUCGUUUGUACCUGCAUUACAAUCUGUGAUAAAGGACUUUGGAACGGAGCCAACAAAGAGGAGGUUGCCCUUAUUUCUGGAUCCACGAUUCGCGGAUGUGUCGUUUAGUCUUGGAAACUUGCUGGAGCUCGCAGGAAAGAUUGUGGCCGACCAAGGCCAAUCGAUAGAAAGUGACUUUUUAACAUUGUGGUACGGUGGAGCCUAGAUUGCACCGCUCAACAAAUUUUAAAUAAUAAUUUAUACUGAGAAACAUUAUUUGGCUCUAGUUUGACAAAUACUAGGAAGGAU